AUGACCGAUUACGACCACGCCAUGCUGUUUACAAAGGCAGAAUACACGCUGGAUGGAUCUACAUCAACAGCCGGUCUGGCGUACUUGUCCCGAGUGUGUACUGCUGAAGGAGUGUCUGUGUGUGAAGACCUGUUUGACUUUAUCACCGCCGAGAUAGCUGCUCAUGAGCUAGGCCAUAGUAUGGGCGCCCGCCAUGACGGAGAAGACAAUAACGGAUGCUCGUUAAAUGACCACUUCAUCAUGGCCGCCUCCAGUGGUGCCUCCACCGUCAACCCGCGGAAUCCCUGGCACUUCUCUAACUGCUCUGUGGACUACUUCAGGACGUAUAUAAAUAGUCUGGAUACUUCUACGUUGGCUCCAUUGUUGGAAACGCAGCCGGGACAGUUUUACAGUAUAGACACACAGUGUAAAUAUACGUUGGGAAGUUGCGAAUACGGAGACCGGAAUCCUGCCUGUAAUCCGAAUAAUUGCAAUCAAUACGAUAAUAAUAUUAGAAAUGUUGUAUGCUGUGGUUCGUGCGGGGACUUUUCCUCGACCUCAGCUCCUACCUCAACCACCACCACAACUACCACAACUACCACCACCACUACCACUACCACCCAGGCUCCUACUACCACUACCACCCAGGCUCCUACUACCACAAUCACCCCAGCUCCUACAACCACCCCGGCUCCUACAACCACUACAACUACUACAACCACUCCGGCUCCUUCAACCACCACCCUGGCUCCUACAAGCACUACAACCACUCCGACUCCUACCACUACCACCCCAGCUCCUUCAACCAGCACGCCGACUCCUACCACCACUACAACUACUACUACCACUCCGGCUCCUUCAACCACCACCCUGGCUCCUACAAGCAUUACAACCACUCCGACUCCUACCACUACCACCCCAGCUCCUUCAACCAGCACGCCGGCUCCUACCACCCCUACAACUACUACAACCACUCCGGCUCCUUCAACCACCACCCUGGCUCCUACAAGCACUACAACCACUCCGACUCCUACCACUACCACCCCAACUCCUUCAACCAGCACGCCGGUUCCUACCACCAGUACCCCGAUGUGUAUUAAUACGACAUACCUGGCAUGGGUUGAAAACGUAACGGGGGCGGGACACUGUGACACCUCCGCUCAAAGCUGCGUUAGCCCAGUGGUGACCUUGAACUAUAGAAGUCCUGUCCAUAGUACGUCUCAGUUACAGUGCAAGUUUCGUCUGUUUUCGGUGGGAGAGAAGGGGUCUUUGUUGACAGACACGGACAAUCGGAUCGGGACCGGAGAAUUUGUCAGUUGUAAUACGGUUCGCUGUAGUUUCCCAGACGUUGUCAUACCACCGUCUUCCGCCGGUAGAUCAGUCACGGGAAUGUUGAUUUCCGUCAGCGAGAAUGGUCAGGCGUUUGGCACAGAAGGCCUGUACCUAGGGUACGACGCCAGGUGCGUGGCCUGUUCCCUGGACCCUGAACCACGCUGUACUUGGAACCCCACAAUGUGUUUCAUCCAAGGCAGAUGUGUCCCUAAUGGGUUGCCGCACUCCACCUUGCCCUGUCUGACGUGCGACACGUCUCGAUCUACCAUCGCCUGGUCUGUAGUAGUGGGAAGUUGUUUGAUAGACAACGUGUGCUACCCUGACGGUGAACGGAACCCCGCAGAUUCCUGCACUGUGUGCAACAGUGCUGUCAACGCAACAAUUUUCAUCCCCAGAGAAAAUGCGUGCCAGGUGAAUGGUGUGUGUUAUACACAUGGACAAGGCCCCCCGCUGAAAAACUGUCUUGAGUGUAACGUGCUGAGAUCUACACUGGAGUUGUCUGUCAGACCUGGCAUGUGCCACAUAAAUGAUAUGUGUUACCUGGACGGACACGUGAGCCCACUGGACCAGUGUGCUGUCUGCAGAAGUGCCGAGAAUCAGCUGGACUUCACGUCAAGUUUUGUGCAAGGCGCAGGCUUAUGUUACAUAAACGGGCAGUGCAUACUUGACGGGGGACUUAACCCAGACAACGCCUGCCUCCACUGCCACUCCAGCUCGCAACCCAAUGUGUGGAGCCAAAGAACGAUUCUACUUAAUAACGGGACACGACUCCCCUGCAGUGAGGUGUGCAGUUAUUAUGUCAAAAAUGGAGAGUUUGGGUUGAACCUGAUCUGUAUCUACCCCGGCUUGCUGCCAAGCCUGCAGAGUCACAUGUGCUUGCUGGCCGACAUGAAUGAGCUGGACACCCUGCCCUGUGCCAUCUCGGACAAGACUAGGAGCCGCUUAAGGGCACUGUGCUUCCCUCCACUGCCGUUGUACGUACAGUAUUCCCCUAUCUGUCCUGAUGGGAUAACACAGCUAUAAGCUUACACGCGACAAUUAAAACAUCUAUGCAUAAAACAUCAAUGGAAGCACCAGAUUCUGCCUUAUUUAACUUCUACGUAAUCAAAACCAGUGUAAUAUUUGUAUUUGUACAGAUUAAUUUCUAAACUCCAACUUUACCAUUAAACAUUAUAAACUGUAACUGAAUAAAACACUGAAUCAGCUUUUGUACCAGAGCACAAA